AUGUUUGGGGCCCUGAACAGAUUUAUCGGGAGGUUUGACGCCGAAACUCCACAACAGAGCUCAAAUGCUCCCGGCGACAACUCAUUCGGCUUCCAGGUCCUUCGAAAUAAGGACCCGGAUCUGCCACUGGAGCCGUGGUUCGACUUCAUCAUUGGAAUCAAUGGUCGCCUGAUUGACGAUCCUGACCCCAACUUGUUCGUUACCGAAGUCCGCAACUGUGCCGGUUCGAGCGUGUCUUUAGAAAUCUGGAGCGCAAAAGGUCAACGAACUCAUACCAUUUCCAUACCUGUCCCCAAGGACAACCCCAAACUCGGACUUACGCUACAGCUCGCCCCUCUGUCAUCCACACAGCACAUCUGGCAUGUCCUCUCCAUACCGUCGCCGCAGAGUCCAGCGUACCUGGCGGGCCUGUUAGAACAUUCAGAUUACAUCCUCGGAUCGCCCAGUGGCACAUUGCGAGGUGAAAGCGCCCUGAGCGAAUUGAUCGAGGACCACCUCGACCGAAGUCUCGUAUUAUGGGUCUACAACAGCGAAUUCGACGUGGUUCGGGAGGUAGAACUGAUUCCUACGAGGGGGUGGGGUGGAGAAGGCGCGCUGGGCGCAGUGCUGGGAUAUGGCGCAUUACACCGACUGCCCGUCGGACUGGGAGAAGAGGUGGAAGGGCCUGGAGAAGUUGUGUUUGAGACCAAAGAGGACGGUUCUGAGCAGCCGCGGGAGCCGAGUCCAAACGCAUCUGCCUCUGCUCCUCCUUCUGGGAACUUCCUUGUCCCUGCCAACAUGGCCUCACCACCUCCAUUGACGUCCCCAGCGACCAACCUCGGCAGCCAGUCUACGGCACGAUCAUCAAAAACUGGGCGAAGGCACCGCCAUGGAGGGUUGUCGCCCAACCGCGCGUUUGACGAGUACUUUGCCGAGGGGGAACAGAAGAGCAGAGAACAGGACUUUGUUCCUUCGCGAAAAGGUACACCGCUUGCACCGCCUCCCAAGGCAGGGGGGCCGCCUCGAAGUUCCGCCAGUCCGGCGCGUACGGAAGGUAGCAGUGAACCUGCAGCGCAGACGUAA